AUGACUGUCAACCAGAGAACUCCGAUUAAUACUCUCUACACUGUCUUCUGUCCCCCUGCCACAGACUCCCUUGGUGGACCCUUCCCGUCCACUUCACACCGAUGCCACCACAAACCCAAGAGGUGCCUGCCCAUUCAAUGUGGCAGCCUGAGUGGUUCAAUUCCCAUCAAUCCGCUCCUCUUCCAUCCAAAUGCCAAGGGUUCCCAGAUCAUCAUGGACGUGGCCCAGAAGAACGUGAAGAGGCAGGCCAGCUUCUGCAACGCCAUCACCUUCAGCAACCGGCCCAUAGCUCUGUACGAGCAGGUUCGACUUAAGAUCACUAAAAAGCAGUGCUGCUGGAGCGGGGCCCUGCGUCUGGGGUUCACUUCCAAAGAUCCAUCCAGGAUAAACCCAGACAACCUGCCAAAGUACGCCUGCCCUGACCUGGUGUCCCAGAGUGGUUUCUGGGCCAAGGCCCUGCCUGAGGAGUUUGCCAACGAGGGAAAUGUUAUCGCCUUCUGGGUGGACAAGAAGGGCAGAGUCUUUUACCGCAUAAAUGAGUCCAGCCCCAUGCUGUUCUUCAGUGGAGUACGCACCGCCGAGCCACUGUGGGCCCUCAUCGAUGUGUACGGUCUGACACGAGGGGUGCAGCUGUUAGGAAGUGAGAUUGUUCCCCCCGAUUGUCUGCGCCCACGCUCCUUCACCACUGUACGCUCCGCCUCUCUGCGGCGCGAAGCAGACGACUCUCGUCUGUCUGUCAGCCUGUGUGACCUCAACCUGCAGCAGGAGGAGUUAGGCAACGCCCACAAUCACUCCCACCGUCACACCCUGCACCUGUCCUCCACAGCCUCCUCCUCGUCCACCUGCCCCAUCCCACAGAACUCCCUGAACUCCCAGCAGUCCUCUCUCCUGCCGUCGGCCCUGGAAAGUGACCUCCACUUCCACCAGCUCCGUGGUGCUCACAUCAAGACCCUGGAUGAGCAGACAGUUGCUCGCUCAGAGCACGCCCGAGAAGAGCGCACGCUGGUCUUCACCAAUCGUCCCCUACGCAUCGGAGAGACCGUCUUCAUCAAAGUUACCAAAUCCAGCCCGGCGCGCUCAGGUUCCCUGUCUUACGGUGUGACGUCCUGUGACCCGGCCAUACUGCGCCCAAGUGACCUGCCAUACAAUCCUGAGGCUCUGGUGGACAGGAAGGAGUUCUGGGCGGUGUGUCGGGUGCCCACUCCUCUUCAAAGCAGUGACAUUCUAGGUUUCUUGGUCAACCAAGAGGGGGAGGUCAUCCUCAGCCACAAUGGCACCAAUGUGGGCAUGCAGGUGUGCGUGGACAACUCCCGCCCCCUCUGGAUGUUCUUCGGUCUUCAUGGAGCCGUGUCUCAGCUGAGGAUUUUAGGCUCCACCCACCAGGCAGAUAUUCGAGCCACAUCCAACCCCAGCUCGCCCUCUUCCUCUCCACACAUCACCAGUGUCCUGGACAGUGGCAGCUCUGACCCUGUCCUGAAUGGAGGCCUGUGCUCUGCUGCCUACUGCAGUUCAGCAGAGGGUACUACCCCCAACUCACCCGUCAGCAUCCCCAAGUCGCCGACGUUCCCAUCAGGCCGUGGACCUUGGUCCGACGAGUGCUCCAUCUGCUAUGAGAACACGGUGGACACCGUCAUCUACUCCUGCGGGCACAUGUGUCUGUGCUACACCUGCGGCGUCAAGCUCAAGAAGAUGUCCAACUCAUGCUGUCCCAUCUGCAGAAGACAGAUCAAAGACAUUAUCAAAACGUACCGCAGCACAUGGUUCCAUCACUUAAACGGUAUGUCUUUUUUAUACUCUGACUCUUCUUGUGUCCCAGGUACUACCCCCAACUCACCCGUCAGCAUCCCCAAGUCGCCGACGUUCCCAUCAGGCCGUGGACCUUGGUCCGACGAGUGCUCCAUCUGCUAUGAGAACACGGUGGACACCGUCAUCUACUCCUGCGGGCACAUGUGUCUGUGCUACACCUGCGGCGUCAAGCUCAAGAAGAUGUCCAACUCAUGCUGUCCCAUCUGCAGAAGACAGAUCAAAGACAUUAUCAAAACGUACCGCAGCACGUAAGACCAGGCUGAACCAGAGCCAAACACCAGAGUCAGGGACACAGACACCAAAGUUCGCUCAGUAUGAACUCUGGUUCUGUAAAUUUGAUAUUUUCAUAAAUUUACUGUCGGUCGGUUUUCCCUCCUGACCUUUUCUAAUGCCGGCGCCGCCUCAUUGGAAGGUUCUAGGUCACAUUAGAAAGUUGACGUUGCAACAAAUCAGCGGCUUCAGUAGAAGGUUCUACUCAGUAAUCUAUUCCUGCCGAAGUGUUUUCUCUUGACUUCAGACUAGAAAUACUCUGAAGGACAGAAGAAAACCCAAGUUUUUCCUAAAUUCUUUCCUUAAUUGAGCCAUGUUUUAAAAAAUUAAGAAUAAAAACUGAGGUCUGGAUAGUAGCUCUUUCAGCAGGUGACUGAAUCGUCCUGACUGACGGAGUGACACGGAAGCACAGCCACAUCAACCAUCAGAACAGUGUGUCACAACUUGUGUCUGUGCACAACUGAGUGUCAGAAAUGACAGGUCAGCUCGCUGUCCAGAUGAAGAAAUGACGAACCUCUGUGAUCCUCGUGCUGGUGAUUAGUGAGUCAUGUGUAUAGAGAUGCAAGGUGGUGCCGAGUAUAUUCAGUAGGAUCGUGACAUCUGUUGUACUCAUAUAAUCAAAUGUACUUUAAUGGUAGUUCUAUUGCAACAGUCAGUGGUUGGUCUGUCGUCGUGCUAGCUAGCUGCUUGCUCUGCAGUGUGGUGUAGUGCACUGAAAUCAGCAUUGUCCUCUCACAAAUGCCCCACAACAGACAGAGAGGACGGCAAUGGUCACAUGGUCAAACUGUCCGUACACAUUUGUCUAGCAGAUUAAGAUAUUCAAAUAUUGGUAAAGGCAACAGGAAGUGGGAAUAAACCCACACUUCAUUCUAAUUCUCCUCAGGGCCGAUGUAUGCUUUUUUUUAAAGAAAAAAAGAAAAUGUAAAUACCAUCCAAAACUCUGCCAAAAAGACCUGAGUCGAACUUUCCAUGUCCUUAAAGAGUAGCUAAUGUUAGCUCUGUUUACUCUAACAGAACUAUUGAAGCUAACAUUAGCUCUGGUGUCUGUAACAGGACUGUUGUAGCUAAUGUUAGCUCUGGUGUCUGUACGAGGACUGAUUUAGCUAAUGCUAGCUCUGUUGUUUCUACCAGGACUGUUUUAGCUAACACUAGGUCUGGUGUCCGUAUUAGCACUGUUGUAGCUAACGUUACCUUGUUUCUGAUUAGCAGCUUGCUAAGACGACUGUACCAAACAUAACUCCCAGCAGUUUUUUCCAUGUGCACCUAGCACCUCUUCUACAAAGAACAUGGAUUGAUUUAAAUUUAAAACAGAGAACCUGGAACAUUUUGUAAAUAUAGGUUCUGUUGAAACAUUCUGUGCAGCUAAAUCUCUUCCUGCAUAAAACAAAAGAAACAUCCUCUCAGUCUUUAGUGUUCGUGGGUAAAAGAUAGACUGGACCAGAACAUUUGAUUGCCAUUUCAAGCCUUUGUGCUGAUGGACUGGAAAAUAGGACUCAGGUCUGAUGAAGCUUCGUACACUGUGAGCAGUCCUGACAAAUUGACACACAAAAAAAACAUAGCUCCAAUCACACACCUGUAGUCCAAAGGUCACAUUAACGGCAACACAGACUCCUGCCUUAACACACAGAUGGUUCUCCUGGACUGUACCCGCACCCUGAAAGAGAACCAACAAUGCUGUUAGUAAUUUAAACUCAGAAGAGAAAAAGCACACCAAUUUAAAGCUAUUUUUGUAAUUCAAAUUCAAUACAUUUCCAAUAUUUAAUUAUUUAAGUGUAUGAGAAAUUUGUGAAUAGACUUUCACCAGCAGCACAGAGCCUUUACGGGAAUCCAUUCAGGGGAAGGGAAAUGAAAAGCUCAUAUUUUGAAUAUUAAUACGAGUCCUUUCCUACGUCAUCACGUCCAUUAUAAUCGACACAGCCCAGGCCCAUAUCAUCUGUAUAUAACCCAUUUUAGCAGGAAGCCAUAGCUAAUGAGAGUCAAUUUCUAAAUGACAUGGUCUUUCAUGUUGGAGAUAAUCAUCGGAUACAAAAGCAUAGACCGUUAAUAGAAGAAGGAUGCAGUCUUUGGGUCAAUGCCACUUUUACCUGCAGGGCUGAGUUAAAAGUUGUUGUGCUAUGAACCAGGUUUAUGUAAGAUGGCGCUUAGGUGUAGUUAAAAAACACAACCAAGGUUCUCAGUUAUCCAGGUCAUUUUAUCUGAAGAAGUUCAGAAGAAGACAUCUGGUUCUUCACUUCUGAAGUCCAGAACCAUAUUUCUAAACUGCUUUGGAAAUCUCAGAUAACUCGAGAAAAAAAAAAAAUUGUGCAUUGCAAGACCGAUCAGGAUGCUCCAGGUCUAGCAGGUGCUUUAAGAACAGACAUGCACACUCUCUGCCACUUGAUCCUGGAAUCAGGGAGCUGCAGUUAACUGCCCUGCACCCUGCCCUGUUUGAGUGGUUUAAAAUAUUUAUGAUACUUAAAAUGUAUUAAUUAAAAAAGGACUUGGUUUGUCAAGUUGCUCUCUCCCUGUACGACUGAAUCCUCUCUCUAUACGGUCUGUGGCUCAACCCUAGGCUGCUGUGGUUUUUCAGCUUCUCUCCUGCCUCCGUGAACACAGACAGUGAUGCCUGACUCCAUGACGCUCCACACGCCCCUCCUUUCACUUUAUAGUGUAACUAGGCUACAGCUUGAAGUGCUCAUUUACAUUUGAAUGUUAACUAAUGUAUUUAGAGAGACACAUGAUUCUUAUCAGUGUGUGUGUGUGUGUGUGAGAGACUAAAAAAAAACAGAUAAAAAAACAACUUUUCUUUGUGUCUGUAAUAGGACGGUGGAUAAUCGUCGUUUUUCUUGUUUAUCUAAAAGCAACAGGAACUUCAGUUUUACAUUUUCGGGUGAGACUUUUCUCUCUUCUAGCUCCAGAUUUUAUCGUCUACAAUCGGAACCUCAUUUCUUGUAGUACAGAAGAUGAACUGGUGUUUUUAUUACAAUCUCUGACUUUCAGGUCUUUUUCUCUUCUUUUUUUUUUGUAAUUUAUCUUCUCUUGUGUUUGUGUGAGUGUGUUUACAGUAUUUGAGUAUGUGUGUGUGCGUGCCGCCCCACCACCCUCCUCUUUAUUUAUGCCGUAGGCUGUGUCAUGAUGUAGUGUGAGAGCCAUGCUUUUUGAUAAAUGUCACUUUAUGAAGCUACUGAUUGUAACCUUGUGAACUUUGACCCCCGAUGACUCGGGGUUCAACUCCACCGUGUUUUUAUUUUGUGCCGACACUUUGACCAAAUGAAAAAAAAAAAACCUUGACAAAUUGAAUUCCCCUGUGUUAAUAGUUCUAUUUAUUGUGGGCUGCCCCUCCAUUGGUAAACGGACAUUCACACAUGAUGGUGGGCGUGGUCUGAUAGUCAGCGUUUGUGGAUACAGUGAUGCAGGGGUGUUGCCCUGCGUUCCCCAUAUUUAGAUACUGUACACUUCAAAAACAGCCAUAAUGGAGAACAGCAUGUAUACAUUUCAAUAAUUAGAUUUAAUUAAUUAAUGUUCAAAAACGCAAAAAAAAGUGCCGCCGUCGACAGAUUUUUCAAAGCCUCAACACUAGACAGAACUAGUGUUAUAGUGAAAUGAGUUUGAAUAUCUUCAUGAGGAAAAGAUGAAAUUGAAAAAUUAAAUUAUUUUCUUAAAUUUAGGACUUAGAGUUAGGCACCGACAUGAUUCAAAUGUCUGCUGUGAGAAACAAACAUCAGUCUGAAUGAAUGCAACACGUCGUACACACUUUUACUGCAUCCCUUUAUCAACGACCUGGAACACAGGCCACGGUUCACGCUGUUCUACUGUCAACAAUCAGCUUCCUCUGACUGUAAAGGAUUUUAAUCACACAUCUGUGACGAUUUUCGACGUGGCUUUGCAAAUAUGCUUUUAUUUUUUAAUUUAAAAACAAAUUCCUUCAGAUGAAUGUAACUGUUUCUGUCCUGUUUUAUUUAUUAGUCCAGUGCUGACUAACAGACUGAUUCCUCCGAUGCUGCUUCUUAUAUGUGUGCCAGCUGUCUUUUUAGCCUCCUCUGCAGCAGGCCCAUCACAGACACUACAUAUACACUAAUCCCUGUUUUCAGGAUGUGCAUAUAUGAACUCUGAGUAGAUUUGUGAAUCUCUGACUUAUUUUGGUCCCAACACAAAACCAUUCAUGUGGUUCUGUUUCUUUCAUUCUAAAACCAUGACUUGGUUUGAAACUAGGACAAGUGUCUGGAUGUGUCUCUGUGUUUGGGCC